GUCCGGAUGACCCUUGACCUAUCAGCCUUGAGUGGGUAUGGGACGAAUAUUAUGACUGUUAGUGAUGGCAGAUGAUGUGGGAUUGUAUUGGUCUCUUUUCCAAGGGCAAUUUCCAGAUGACUGGAAAACAGACUCUGAAUUUGUCCAGUAUCUCUCUGAACUCAGUGCAUACUCUUUGGAGAAACUACAGCUGGAGCCAGAGCACCUAAAAGAGGAGCGUAGGCUAGUCCUCAAUUCCACUCAGAAGUUGGCCUUCAACAACUACCAGACAUUCAUUCAGACAGCAGACUGCACUAGAGAGGUCUUUAAAGAUUUUAUAGCUGUGGAGGAUCAUGUGAGCAAGCUACUGAACAGGAUACCAGACUUCACUGACGCUUGUAAGAAAUUCACCACUGACUCUCAAGAGGUCAAUGAAAAGCGUAAGUUGAACUCACUGGCUCUGUCGAGACACACCCAGCUACUGGAGGUGCUGGAGAUCCCUCAGGUUAUGGAGACGUGUGUGAGGAAUGGCUACUAUGAGGAGGCCCUGGAUUUGAGCGCCCAUGUCAGGAGAAUGGCCAAGAAGCACGGGACUAUUCCCAUCAUUGAGGGCAUUGGCCGAGACAUAGAACGCUCCCUGGGCCUGAUGCUCUCCCAGCUCUUACAGCAGUUGAGAGGCUCUAUCCAGCUACCCGCCUGUCUGAGAGUGGUGGGUUUCCUCAAGAGAAUGGAGGUCUUCUCUGAUACAGAGCUGAGACUCAAGUUCCUCCAGGCCAGGGACACUUGGAUGCAGGGAGUGCUGGCAGCCAUUCCCACAGAUGAUGCAUACCAGCACCUCAGCAAAACUAUUGAGGUCAGUCGAGUCCACCUCUUUGACAUAGUGACCCAGUACAGAGCUAUAUUCCCUGAUGAUGACUCUGUCAAGACCUCCUACUCCACCUCUAGAGCAGCUGUCUCUGUGGCCACUGUCCCUGGGGCACUCUUCUAUCGCUGGGUCAACGACAAGAUAUGGCAGUUUCUGCACACUCUGGAGAAGGAUCUUCAGAGAGGAGUGGGUGGACGUGUGGACUCUCUCCUCGGACAGUGCAUGUACUUUGGUCUCUCUUUCAGUCGCAUUGGUGCCGACUUUCGUAGCUUGAUAGCUCCUGUGUUUGUGAGGGUCUUGGUGAGGUCCUUCAGGCAAACUGUCAGGAAUGCUAAACACCAUUUCCACGAGUCAAUGAAGCGACUAACGUUGUCCACACCUCUGAGACGAGCCACAGAUUUAUCCACCCACUCCACUCACACUAUCACGCCCCCACACUCCCUCCUCGACUACUCCCCACUAGCCUCACUCACCAAUGCACUGGUGACUGCGUUCAACGAGCUGAGGCAGUGUGCUCCUCUUGCCAUGGGCCCCGAGGUAGCACAGGAGCUGAGGAGACUGGUGGAGAGUACCGUACAUGACAUCUGCGAGUACCACAAGAUCGAGAAUGGUUCAUUCACUGCUAAAGAGAAGGAAGCUUAUGAGCAGCUAGUUCGUGUGAUGGUGCGAGACUUUCUACCGUUUGUGAAGCAAGUAUUCGAGACUCUGUUCAAGACUCAGCCAAUACAAGCAGUUGCUCUCUCUUCAACGUACGCUCUCAAGCACACCAGAACACUCUCUAACACUCAACCAGGCUCAGUGUUUGCCUCUAAGCUGCAGUUGGGAAUGGAGCUAGACGUGACGGCACUCGCAGAACCACUGAGAUCUAUUGCAGCUGGUGUGUUUGAGGAGAAAGAAUCAUUAGCACAGCAGCUACAAGAUCAAGAGAAUAUCACUAAAGCAGAAGAAAGCUCUGAGAACAGUUGAAUAUUGAACAGAUUCUGCAUUCAUUUUAGAUCUAAUAUCUUUUUUCCUAUUGAUGCUUCCUUGUUGGUAUAACUCCUUAGAGUCUAAUUCCAUG